AAAUAAAAAAGGGGAAAGAUGAAAGAUUGCGUUGCGAAAGGAGAAGAAGAAAGAAUCGAUGGAAUUGAAAAAUGUGGUGAAAGACAAGAAAUUCUGGAUCGCAUCUUUCAUAAUCACCUGGGCUGCUGCUCUUCAGGGUCACAUGAUGUGGUUACAGCGUCAGGAUUCCUUCAAACAAAAGUUCGGUAACCCCGAUCAACCUCAAAACUCUAACUGAUUCUCGCCUUUUCAUUAUUCUAAACAAUCCCUAAUUACUCUUUGUAUUCAAAUUAAUCAUCACAUCUUCUCUUUAUUGCAUUUUCUUUUCUGCUAAGCUUUCACUUCACAGAUUAUUACUUAUGUCCACAACACAAAGCAAUCCCUAAUCAUUGUUAUGUUCAAUUCACAAUAUAUAUAUUCGUCCAUGUGACUAAUUUGUUCCCCAAUAUUA